AUGGAUGAAAGUAGGAAGGUCUACGAGUGUAGGUUUUGCUCCCUUAAGUUCUGCAAAUCUCAAGCCCUUGGGGGACACAUGAACCGCCAUCGCCAAGAGAGGGAGACUGAGACGCUAAAUAGGGCUCGUCAAUUGGUUUUUGGUAACGAUAAUCUCUACCAACGUGGUAGCCAAUCAACGGUGAAUGGAGGCUAUCAUCAUCAAGGAUCAAGUUGCAACAUGGGGAGUGCUCUUUACCCUACUAGACUCUUUUCCGGUGCUUCCACAGCCGUGCUACCACCAGUGCCACCGCAGCAACAUUUGUACACAUCACCACCGUCACGCCUCAGUAACUACUCAUCACAACAUUCUAAGUCGCAGUCAGGAAAUAAAGACUAUUUUCUGGGCCAUGUUUGCUCCAACAACCCACAAUUCAUCUUCCAGAAUUUGAGCUACAUUGCUACACCACCCCCCGAUGGUACUAAUAAUUACACAUGCAUUGGCGCACCUGUUGGACAAGCAUUCACCAUCACCGGAGGAAGUGGUGGUGGAGACAUGUCAGCGUCUCCGAUCAAUAGAUAUCAUAAGGAUGGAUUCUGA